ACAGAACAUUGUUCUCUUGUUUGUCAACCAUUAACUCCACCAUGAUACAAUCUAAAGGCCUCUAGUCUUCCUCUAGCAGCUGCUGAGGCAAACUGACUGUGUGGGUUUUCUUCAUGAACUGGGCCGUGAUGAAAGGGACGGCGGGGACACCGCUGCAAAGCUGAAACCUCACCGGCCCGGACAGGUGGACAGAUUGACAAGUGACUUUUUUUUUGCUCGGUCCCGAUGCGCGCGCACGGAGCUCUGUGGCGAGCGAGACGGAGAUCGAUAAGUGUUAACGCAACGCGUAAUAAAAGAACAAAGACGUGCUAUAGAGAACAUGUCAGGGGGCGGGCCAAUCUCUUUAAUGUCAUGCGAUCUACCAACACUACGCCGCGAUCGACGUGUUGAGACCCCUGAUCUACAGGAAGUAAAAGUCGUAACAAGGUUUCCGUAGGUGAACCUGCGGAAGGAUCAUUACCGAUGAACAGACCGUCUGCAUGAGAGCGGACAGAGUUCAGGUUGAAGUGGUGUAUUGGAAGCUCAUUUUGCAAGUGACUUUUUUUUCUACCCGAUGUGCGCGCACACGCCGGCAUCCGAGCUCUGGGGUGCGCGAGACGGAGAUCGGAGUCAUGUUAACGCGACACUAGAGACAGAAUGACAUGCUGCUGGAGAGACGACCAACAACAGACGGAUUGGAAGCUCAUUCUGCGCAUGCGUUAAAUGCGUUACAAAAAAUAACGAAGUUAAACCUGUCAUUGAAUUAACUGAGUUAACGCGUUAUUUUUCACAGCACUAAUAUAAAGUUAGACCUUUUACAUAUUUUUGCUUUUGUGAAAUAUUGGAUACAUUUAAUGUUUCAUGUAUUAUGCAGAACACUAACGUCGGGUGAUCGUUUUACCCAUGCGAUUGUGGUUUUUUGUUUUUCAUUGCGUUGCUUUGUCCGAGUUGCGUGGGUCCUUGUGUCGCUUCAGGCUGCUUACUGACGUCAUCGAAGCACCAGUGUCUUCUUCACCAAAGAGGAAACCAACGAUGUCCGGCAUCAUGAAAGUGUUUCUACUCCUGGCUGUCAUGGUCUGCAUGGCUAAAGCCCAAAUCGGUCAUACAUCAGGAAAGCAGUGUCUGUGUCCACGGGUCAGGAAUGGAAUCCGCUCAAAGAAUGACAUAAAGGACGUCCAGGUCUACCUAGCAACCAUCUUCUGUGACAAAGCAGAGAUUGUCGUCACCCUCAACAGCGGCCUUCGCUAUUGCCUGAACCCCAAUUUGAAGGCAGUGCAAAAACUCAUGGCUUUCAUCAUGAAACGACAAUCCUCGUCUACAACCAGACCAACUGAGCUCAUGUCCACCACCAACACAGCUCGCAUCUGAUGCGUUAUCUCCUCCGAUCAAGAAGAAGAGCAGAUGACCUCUGACCCCCACAAACAACGGCACCUUAAACGAAUGCAGAUGUAGUUUAAUUACAUUUGUUGUCUAUUUAUCCUUCUAUUUAUACUGAUGUGCACUUACAGUAUAACCUCCGUUCUAUUUUAUUUCCUUUUAAUAUGUUUUUGUAAAUAGAUGUAUGUGUUCUGAACCAAGUUUCAUGUAUUUUGGUAAUGUCAGUGUUCUUUUAAUAAUAAAAAAAGAAAAGAAACAUUGA